GAGCCCCGGCGGCCAUGGAGCUCUCCCUGCGGCUCCUCCUGGUGUCGUGCCUCUCGCUGGGGGCGGCCGGGGAGUUUGAUAGAAGGUGGCCCAGACAAAUAGUCUCCUCUGCAGGACUGUGUCGGUUCGGAAGCAGGAUUGACUGCUGCUGGGGCUGGGCCCGAUUGUCCUGGGGACAGUGCCAGCCUAUAUGCCAGCCAGGAUGCAAACAUGGCAAGUGUGUUGGGCCAAACAAGUGUAAGUGCCACCCAGGAUACACUGGAAAAACCUGCAACCAAGAUGAACAGCUAUAUACAAGUCCACCUGGUCAGAGCAGUGAAGCAUUUCUGUUCCGCCCCCUGGAUCAUCAUGCAAGAAAUGUAGCAUCAAGGGAUCUAAAUGAGUGUGGACUGAAGCCGCGGCCAUGCAAGCACCGGUGUAUGAACACCUACGGCAGCUACAAGUGCUACUGCCUGAAUGGCUACAUGCUGCUGCCAGAUGGGACGUGCUCAAGUGCCCUCUCUUGCUCCAUGGCAAACUGUCAGUACGGCUGUGAUGUGCUGAAAGGGGAAGUUCGCUGCCGCUGUCCUUCUCCAGGCCUGCAGCUGGGGCCCGAUGGCAGGACUUGCAUAGAUAUUGAUGAAUGUGCUACUGGUGGAGUUAUCUGUCCACGAUUUAGGCACUGCAUCAAUACGUUUGGAAGCUACAUUUGCAGGUGUCAUAAAGGCUUUGAUCUAAUGUACAUUGGAGGCAAAUACCAAUGCCAUGAUAUAGAUGAAUGUUCCCUUGGCCACCAUCAGUGUGGCAGUUUUUCACGAUGUUACAAUACACCAGGAUCCUACAAAUGCAAGUGUAAAGAAGGGUACAGAGACAACGGAACAAGCUGCAUACAAAGGCCAGUGACCAGGCCAACAACUCGACCCACACUGAGGCCAACAACUCGACCCACACCCGAGCCAACAACUCGACCUACACCGAGGCCAACAACUCGACCUACCCCCAGGCCAACCACUCGACUUACACCAAGGCCAACGACUCAUCCUACACCUAAGCCAACAACUCAACUGACACCAAAGCCAACCACUAGGUAUGUGCUGGUGACAAGGCCUCCACCUCCAACACCACCUCAGCCGACAAUGUUAAGACCUACACUUCCACCACAAAUAACGCCUCUGAUAACAACUGAAGGGCCUUCACAUGUUCCCACUGAAACUACAUCUUCCCAAGGAAUUACAGAUGACAACAGGAUUCAGCUAGAUCCUCAGAAACCCCGAGGAGACGUGUUCAUUCCACGCCAGCCUGGAGUGAGCAACAAUCUAUUCGAAAUACUUGAAAUUGAACGAGGAAUUACUGCUGACGAAUUUGAAGCAAAUGAUGACCCAGGAGUGCUGGUACACAGCUGUAAUUUUGACAGUGGACUGUGUGGAUGGAUCAAAGACAAAGAUGAUGACUUGCACUGGGAGCCAUUCAGAGAUGCAUCAGGGGGACAGUAUCUUACCAUAUCUGACCCCAAGGGCAAAGAAGGAAAAGCAGCACAUCUUAUCCUGCCCUUGGGUCACACGGCUCAGGCUGGCGACCUGUGCCUGUCGUUCAGGCACAAGGUGCCAGGGCUGCAUUCUGGUGCCCUGCACAUCUUUGUAAGGAAAAAUGGUGCUCAUGGGCCAGCUGUGUGGGGAAGAACUGGUGGCCAUGGCUGGAGACAGACACAUAUAACGCUGCGAGGACCCGGCCUCAGGAGCGUUGUUUUCAAAGGAGAGAAAGGGAAUGGAAGAACUGGUGAUAUUGGACUAGAUGAUGUGAUCUUGAGGAGAGGACGCUGCUCUGAAGAGCUUUAGCAAAGACAAUGGACCAGCACAGUCAUCUCCUCUAGCCCUUCUAAGCUACUUCUACCAAGCUUUGAAAAGGAACUGCACAAAAUAGAAUAAAAAGUUGGAGAGUGACUUCUUAGUAGUCUGCUAAGUGCAAUCUCACUGAAACUUCGCUUAAAAUCAUGGAGAGCACCUCUCAGGAUUCAGGAACUCCAAUCACAGGCUGGUUGUUUCUAUUAAUCCUUACCCCUAAAUCAUGUUUUGUAUGUAUUAACCAUUUCCCCUGAUCAGCCUGAUGACUGCUCACACAAAGAGCACUUGUGAUAAAGGGAGAAUUAAUUACAAAUGGUGGCAAAACAAAGCUCCAGCUCAAAAAGUUUUAAUGUUAACUGAUGCUUGUGAUCUUCCCAUAGUGCUACUCUCUCACUGAUUAGAUUUGAUGGACAGUGGGAUAGGUCUAGAUUCAGUCACCUCAGAUUAGCAGAAGCCUGGACCUGAACUGUGGCUUUACUGCCACUGACCUUUCAAGAAGGGUUUGCUUCAUAUCAAAUAGCAUUUAUUUUGCUGUUGCAUCUGUAUUAACAAAGAGCAGUUAUGUAGAGUAGGCAUUGCAUCCUGUAAUAUUGCUACUGCUGCGUUUUGUGUAUAUGUGUAUGGUUAGUGACAUAUUUAUGUUUGAAUAUUUACAGACUGUAGUUGUGAAGCAAUUGGCAGUGGUGCUUUCUUAUUGUACAAGGUAGGAGUCUGGCAUAUUCUUUGAUGCCGCUGGUCGUGCCAAUAGAUGUGUUACCAAAGUCAGUUAAUGGUGCUCACUGAAAAAUGCUGGUGCAGUUUUUCAUGUUGUAAUAUGUUGAAGGCAAAGACCAAACCCUUACCUGAUGUAAACUGGUAUCUGUUAAUGCUGUACAAGUUUGCAUUUAGCUCAGGAGCAAGUCCUAAAGGGCUCUCAAUACUGCAAGAAACUCCUGGUUCAGCUGAAGACUGAGCAACCUGGAGAAGAGAACUUGCAUCUUGAAAGAUUGAACCCGUUGACACCCCCAGGAAUGUUCCCUUCCCACGGGUGGUACAAGCCUACACAAGCAAAAAUUAACAACUCUGACCAUGAAAUGCCUUGAGUGAUCUUUGGCAAAUGUCCAUAUUCCAUCCAACCAUUCUGUAUAUAAUAAACACUUUAUUCUUUAGAAAUAGAAAAACCAUUAGUUCUAGCUGGAACUAAGUAUUUAUCAGAACUUUGGACUAAUUAUUUAGUUACGUAUCAUGCAUGAGGUGUGCAGUUUCCCAGGGAAUUCUUCUGUUUGGUUUCAUGUUUUUUAAAUGAGGAACAUUUAAAAAAAUGAAUCAUCAUUGCUGCUACCAUCGUUAGAAAAAAUUCAUGUUAAGUCUUGCACAAAGUCCAAAGAGCCAAAAUUACAAGACCAUUACAGGUCAUAUUCCAAAUGCCCAUUUCUGACAAAGUACUGUUUUGAAAACAUUUUUCCAGUUUGCCCCCUAGGACAAAGCACUGUAUAUAGAGCAGAAGUUCAUUUGACCAAACAGACAGUCUCUUGUGAAACCAUAUCAACAAACAUUUUGAAAAGGAAAAAAACAAUGCAUUUGUAAACAUUUUUAAACUAUUUUGCUUCAAAUAUGAUAAUGAUCUUUUUCUCUUACAUUACUUUGUAAAAUGUCAGAAAUAUUUGUGAAUAGUUGAAAUAUUUUGUCCUUAUUUUAAACUAACUGGAAAUCUGGUGUUCAUUUCUGGAUCAAAAGUCUCAUUUUUACUGCAGUAAAAUGAACCAAAAGAAGAUAAUUCAACCAAA